AUGGAGACUGAACCUACUGCACAAGCAACUCAACAGAGAGGUUCUAAAGACAACAUGGGUCAGCUGGGUAAGGAGCAUACCUUCAAGGGGGUUCCCCAACAGGAGAAAGAAGAUCCGGUCCAGCACAGGACUACAGAUCCAGUGGAUGCAAUGCCACCAAAGGAACACCUAGUGGAAGCACAAAAAACACCAAAGUCAGGGAUACAGGGACACGGAGCAAAUGUGGGAGCAGUAGCGAGAUUAAUCAUGGAAAAGCAAGAUGAAACUGAUGUAAGGAAAUCAAGAGUUAAAAGUUGGAGGAGACAGGGGCAAAAAAAACACAGGAAUGGGGAGAGCUCUCAAGUCACUCCUCAGAAGCGGAUUCUGGAAGAACAUAAUGAAGAUCUUCCUCAAAAGGAAGAGGAACAAAUGACGCAGAAGAAGGCUAGAAUCCUAGUUUUCCCUAAUGAAACAGCAAUGAUGAUUGAUGGUAAACAAACACAAAUGGAUGGCGAUGUGGCGGACUCUGCUUUGGAGCAGGACCGCCGAGCUCAAUGA